AGGAAGAAGCCCCGGAAGCAGACGAGACCGCCGAAGCAGUUCCGGAGGUCAGCGCAGUUGAAGAAGAAGCAGAAAAACAGGAAGCAGACGAGACCGUCGAAGUAGUUCCAGAGGAGGCCAACCCAGUUGAGGAAGACUCUAAGGCCACGGAACUCAUCAGUGAACCAGCUAUUGAGGCUUCACCACCCCUGGAAGAUGGCCAAAAGGAUGAUACAAAGGAGGUUGAACUUGCAAACGCCUCACACGAAAACACCCCGGCGUCCGAAGAGACCAAAGAACCUGAGGCAGAAAUUCCACCCAUUGCCGAUGCCCCAGAGGUCAACAACGAUGGGCCAGAAUCUUCAACUGAACAGGAUAAAAAGGAGGAAUCAUCCGAGGACAAAGGCGACAUUACCGAAGCGAUCGAUGGUGCGACUGCCGCUAUUGUGGCCGGAGCAAUCGUUGCUGAGGUUUUAUCCCAGGACUCUCCUACCGGAGAGCCAGAAACUGUUACGGAAAAGGCGAUUGUCGGCGAACCAGAGCAAUUACCAGAUGUCGAGGAGGAACCUGCUUCACCCGGCUCACCUGCCUCUCCGAAGUCCGAGAGGCGUAAGCACCGAUCUUCAAGACAUUCAAAGAGCUCCAGUCACCAUAGCAGCAAAGACAAAGGAAAAGAAAGAGAAGCCACCCACGAUGAGUCGCGUCGCUCAACCUCUCAUCGUAAACGUCGUGACAGCGAAACCUCUGCCAAACCAGUAACAAAAGCACCUUCGACCCCCCCUCAGCCGCAAAAGCCCGUUCGUCAUGACAGUGGCGUAAGCGCAGGAAGCACCAGCUCGCAUUCCCAUCGAAGACAGCGCACGCCUGAGGAGCAAGCAGCCCACGAUAAACGCAAGGAGGAACGUCGAGCGAAAGCCCGAGCUGCAGAAAUCGAACUCCAGAAGAAUGAGAGUGCGGUGGCUGAUGAACCGGCCAUGGGCAUCGUUGCUCCUUCGGCAGUCCCACGACACCUAUCAACAUCAACCAGGAGGUACAGCAGCACCAAGUCCAGCCACAGCUCCACCCACAGCAGAGAUGACGGCGAAAAGAAGCCAAAGUUGAUGGACUUAAAGGGCGUCAGUGUGGUAAAAUCACCCUUUAUAGUAAAUGACAAACCGCACAUCAAAGAGACGAAAGAAAAGGUAAAAGCAACGGCUUCCGAGCGCAUUCGUAGAUCGAUAGAUGGCGGAAGACCCAGACGUGACGAGUCUAAGGAUAAGAAGCCAACACUCAUUGAUCGCAUCCGUCAAUCUAUCGAUGGCGAGCGGCCCAAACUUGAUGAGUUGAAGGACCAGCGCAAGUCAUCUCCUGGAGAACGACCAAAGAUGGACCAGAAAUCCCACCGCCACUCCCAUCGCUCUUCCCACUCGACCCGUAACGAUUCGGACAGGAAGGAUCGAGAUGAGAAAGAGAGAUCGGAGCGCGAGGCUCGUCGCGCCCGCAGAGAGGCCGAAAAGAAAGUGGAGCUUGCGAGGCAAGAGGUUGCUGAGGAGACUCGGAAGAACAAGGAGAAAGAUGACGAGGAACGACGGAUUAGGCACGAGGAGAGGCGCAAGAGGAAGGCCGAGGAGGAAAAGCACCGAGAUUUCGAUCCCAAACGGCGUGAUGAGGAGAGGUCCCAGCCAUCUGGAAGCAGCGAUCGGAGGGAGAGGGUGCAUCGACACCGAGCAAACGAGAAGAAAGAGCCGCCGAAAGGAGGAUUGAAGAGCCUCUGGUCUUCAGCAAAAAAGGCCUUUGCAUGA